AUGGUCAAUAUUCGCGUUAUUACUUGCGUUUUUCUUGUAUUAGUUAUGUUAACUUGUGUUUCUGCUCGCGCUCGACAUCGGGAUGGACUGAGAAAUUAUGAGAAAAGACUUUUUUCGUCGUGUGCUGAUCUUGGGGCUUCGUGUUCAGAUGGCGUGUUCGGUAAAAAUUGCUGUAGCAAAUAUAACUGUCAUGCUAAUACAAAAAAAUGCGUGAAAUCACCAGGAUCAUGGCUUGGUGAUCGCAACGGCAAAUAA